AUGGCCCCUAAGACUAAGAAGGAUCAAGAGAACAUCAACUCUCGUUUGUCGCUUGUUAUCAAGUCUGGCAAGUACACCCUUGGCUACAAGUCCACUAUCAAGGCUCUCCGCCAGGGUAAGGCCAAGCUUGUCAUCAUUGCUGGCAACACCCCCCGUCUUCGCAAGUCCGAGCUUGAGUACUACGCUCUUCUCUCCAAGACCACUGUUCACCACUUCCAGGGUGGCAACAACGAGCUCGGUACUGCCUGCGGUAAGCUCUUCCGUGUUGGUGUCCUCGCUAUCAUCGAUGCCGGUGACUCUGACAUUCUCACUGCCGUUUAA